AUGACCUUUUCAAACGGUUCUGCUUCGUCGGAAAUGGACAUUUCCUUCCCCACCAUUCGUCCCACAGAGCCGGGGAAAUGGACUCCCGAACUCGACGCCGAGAUCCGCGCACGCGAAUCCCCGAAGAUCCAGCUCAGAGGCUCUCAGCCGCCAGCUCCCAAUGUCCUGUCCACCGACUUCUUCCCACAUGGCAAGCGCUCUCUGUCAGGCAUCGCUGUGCGUGCCUUCUGUCUGGGCAUGGCGCUCGUGCUUGGUCUUGUCAUGGCUGCCUUCCUCGCAUACUACGAGAGCCGCCUCUGGCGCCCGUGGCUUUUCCUCUCCACACUCUCAAUAUUCCAUUUCCUCGAAUUCUACACCACAGCUGCGUACAACACGCCCAAGGCCUGGGUCGCAUCGUUCCUCUUGACGAAUGGCGAUCAAUAUCGACAGGCGCAUACCAUGGCCUUCAUCGAAACAUGCGUGACCAGCUACUUUUUCCCAAGCUGGCAGGCAAAGAUGCACACGCCGGUAGUCUUUGCAUUUGGUAUUGUAUUGGUUGUAGUCGGCCAGACGGUUCGAAGCCUUGCCAUGGUGCAAGCAGGUACUAACUUCAACCACACCGUGCAAUCCAAGAAGAAUGACGACCAUGAGCUGGUGACGACAGGUCUAUACACUUACUUUCGGCACCCAUCAUACUUUGGAUUCUUCUGGUGGGGCGUCGGAACACAAGUCAUGCUCGGUAAUACUUCGAAGGAUCUCACGUAA